AUGGCCUGUUGGGCCGAGGUUCAAGGAUUGGAAGGCGUGGCUCAAUUUAUGUACGCUCAGUCUGAUGAAGAGCGGGUUCAUAUGCUUAAACUCAUCAAAUAUGUAAAUGAACGGGGUGGACACGCUCAGAUUACCGCAUUGAGUGCCCCUAAAACCACCUACGGCACUUUAAAUGAAAUGUUUGAAGAAUUGUAUGCUCACGAAUUGUUCGUAUCUCAAUCCAUUAAUGAAUUGGUGGGGGUUACGUUUGAACAAAAAGAUUACGCCACCCACAACUUUAUCCAAUGGUAUGUGGCCGAACAAAUAGAAGAAGAAGCUCAAGCCAAAACCAUUUUGGAUAAAAUAAAAAUGAUUGGCGAUGACAAAGGUGGAUUGUACCUAUUUGAUCGGGACAUUCAAACCAUGACGGUCGUGAGCGCUGCAGCAACGCCC